GAGUUCCCUUCAGAGCCACAAACUGUCAAAAUUCGCUUGACUGUAACAGUCUGAGAAUUCUCACCAGGAUACCAGAACUCGCAUCUACUUGACCUCUUUUUCGUAUAUUGCUCUUCACUCUUCAAGACGUCAGAACAAGAGAAAAUGAAAGUUGUCGGAUCUACCUGCACUCUCAAGAACACAGAGGACAUGGUCCGGUGUCUCUCCGAACAGAGUAUGGCCAUCUCCAAGUGCAAGAUCCCAAUGCUGGACGAGCAGAUGAGUGUAUUUCUGCAGGACAUGAACAGUUGCUACAGCAAGCUGAAGGAGCUGGUACCCACUCUGCCAGCCAACAAGAAAGCCAGUAAGAUGGAGAUUCUGCAGCAUGUCAUCGAUUAUAUCUGGGACCUACAGGUCGAGCUGGACGCACCCGGCAAACAGCAGGCCGCAGAUGCACCCCGGACCCCUCUGACAACCCUCAAUGCAGAAAUCGCCAGCAUCUCUGUGGAGAACGGAUGCUCCGAUGACAGAAUUCUCUGCCGCUGAUCAAGCAACAGAUAUAACCAUUAACCGAAGCAACACGAAGAACGAUGUUGGCCAGCCAUGGAUGACAUUUCGUCGCAUCUUAUGUCUUGCAUCAAGCGGUGAAGCGACUUGAGAAUCCAUGAUAUGCGUCGAUAAACAUUCUGAGUUGAAACUUCGAAGUGUCAGGUCAGGAGAGCUGUCCCCGCGCAGCCACAGGUGUCCUGCUGUCACCAAGAAAUUACGAAGUGUCAGGUCAGGAGAGCUGUCCCCACGCAGCCACAGGUGUCCUGCUGUCACCAAGAAGAGCGGUGCGCUCGGCUGGUCGAGCUGAGACUGAGGAUGGUCAUCAACAACAUAGCAUCCGAACCCAACGAGCUCUCUUAGAUGUUGAUACAUGUUGGACUUUAUGCGAAAUAAUCUUUCAUUCCUUAUUAUCUUUUCUGUAUUUUGAGCAAUUUAUAUGUAGAAAAUAUUUAUAUUUUAAAAUGUCAAUUUCUCAGAUUGCUGAGCUAUAUUUGUAUUGUAUAUUACAAUGAUUCAGAUGUGAUCCCCAAUAUUGUUUUUAUAACAAUGUACUUCUGGUGUUUUUAUUAAAACAAUAUAUGUUAGGUGAGAAUAAUGCCUUCACUUUU